AUUUUAAUUAUUUUUCUAUUAAUUAUUAUAAUUCUUUUAAUUAUUUUUAUCUUAAUUAUUAUAUUAAAUUUAAUUUCUAAAAAAAGAUUUUCAGACCGAGAAAAAAGCUCCCCAUUUGAAUGCGGGUUUGACUCUAAAAAUUCAGCUCGAUUACCCUUUUCAUUACAAUUUUUUUUAAUUGCUGUAAUUUUUUUAAUUUUUGAUGUAGAAAUUACUUUAUUAUUUCCAUUAAUUAUUACUUUAAAAAUUUCUAAUAUAAAUUAUUCUAUUAUUUUUAUCUUUUUUAUUAUAAUCUUAAUUUUUGGACUUUUUCAUGAAUGAAAUCAAGGAGCUUUAAAUUGAGCUUAUU